AUGACCGACCGCAAACCAGUUAGCAAGGGGCGGAAGGUCAAGACGGGCUGCGCAACCUGUCGCAUCAGGAAGAUCAAAUGUGAUGAGACUAAACCGGCUUGUCAGAAAUGCGUCACGACCGGGCGUACCUGUGAUGGCUAUGAGUCUCUGUUCAGACCAUUUCCCAAUCAGCCCACAAAUGAUGGCCGUGGAUCUGCCGUCAAGCAAGAUGCUGCAAAGUCUAUGAACCAAUCAAUACAAGGAAAAGCUCCUCUAGAUGUCAACUCCCUGAACCGCUACUUUUCCACCAAGACCCUAUUCGACGUGGAGAUGAGCUGCAAUCAAGAAGCUCACGAGGUUCUUCAAGCGAGCUUGACUGACUCUUCCAUACGACACGCUCUUUUAUCUCUCAGAGCUCUUCGUGAGAAUAUCGAGACACAUGAUGACAACUCCGCAACUCCAGAGCAGCAGACAUUAGGCUACAACUACGGCCUGGAACAGUACAGUAAAGCUUUAACAGGUCUGGCAUCAAAUCUAGCCUAUCCGGAUAUUGAUAGACUCAAAUCCGCCUUGCUCUGCUGCCAAGUCUUGAUCAGUGUCGAGCAAGUUCGAUGCAACUUCUCUGCUAUGGGUCUCCAUAUAAUCCGAGGGCUGGAUAUCAUGCGCGAGUAUAAACCAAGGCCGUACCUAACAGCCACUAGCGGCUUAUGUCCUCCUCGAUAUGGUGGCCUCCCGUCUUUGGACGUUUUUAUUAUCAAGAUGUUUACCGCCCCUUGCAGGUUCUCUGAGCCUCAAGCUAAAGUCCCCGCCUACGUGCUGACACCCCCUCCUGAGACGCCAUCUAGCGAUCGCAAACUGGCACCAAAUAUGCGAACGGAACUCAUAAGGAUUGCUACAGCGACUAUAGAGUUUCUCUCCAAGCUUUCACAAGCUAGGCCAGAGAUCAACAUCUCCCUACUGUUGCAAGAGAAAGAGACCUUGCUCAAUUCUUUGGACGUAUGGGUUGGGACUCUCGACGAUCUCCGGACAGAGUCCCAGCCCCAGGAGGAGCCUAUUCAUGCUAACUUUCUCCGUCUCUUUCACCAUGUACUCAGAUUAGUUCUCUUAGGCAACCUCAACUUUCCACCAAAUAUUGAUGCGAAGUUGAAGAUGGAGAACGAGCGACUGCAGGAAAUAGCCAAUACUGUCAAUGAACGGCUAGAGGAUUAUAAUAUGCGCCAUGGGAUUGCUAGUAGCUUAGAAGACCGAGCUAGAGAAAAGAAGUAG